CUCUUCUUUCAUACAAUUGUGUGACAUGACAACUUGUUGCUGUGAUUGGUUUUCACAUACUGCACAGCCUUAGAGAGGGAACGAGUUGUACUUUCUGAGGGAGGCAGGAGGUCUUUUUCUUGAUAUGGCUUCAGAAAUCACUUACGCAGAAGUGAAGAUCAGGAAUAAAUCCAGCUCCUUGGGCACCUACUCAAAAUGUCCUGCAGCUCCCAGUGAGAAACGUAUCCACCAUCUAAGUAAGCUUGGUUCCCCCUCACUGCUUUUUACAUCCCUGACGGUGUUUCUCCUGCUGCUGGCAAUUACAUUCUUAGGUUCUUUUAUCAUUUAUUUUCAAAAGUACUCUCAACUUCUUGAAAAAAAAGCUAUGAAAGAUAUAAUUUACAAUGAAUUGUACUGCGCAAAAAAUGCUUCACUCAUGGAAGACAAAGAUUGGCACUGUUGCCCAAAGGAUUGGAAACCAUUUGGCUCCCACUGCUAUUUCAUUUCGAGUGGCUUGGUGGCAUCUUGGAACAAGACUAAAGAGAACUGCUCCCACAUGGGUGCUCAUCUGGUGGUGAUCCACAGCCAGGAAGAGCAGAAUUUCAUCACCGGGAUCCUGGCGACUGGUACUGGUUAUUUUAUAGGACUUUUGGAUGCUGGUCAUAGACAAUGGCAAUGGAUUGAUCAGACACCAUACAAUGAGAGUGCCACAUUCUGGCACAAAGGUGAGCCCAACCAAAACUCUGAACAAUGUGUUAUAAUAAAUCACCGUAAAAAGACUGGAUGGGGUUGGAAUGAUAUCCCUUGCUCUGAUAAUCAGACGGCAAUUUGUCAGAUGAAGAAAAUACACUUAUGAAUCCCAUAUUCUCCGUGGGCAUGUGAUUGCAUUGUUAUCUGCCAUCACAUGAAUAGCUGGGAAGUUGUACAAAUGGAAGAGUUGUUCACAGAAUUUAAGUGGUAAACAAAUGGUUAUGCAUAUGAAAACAUUGGUCCACAUAUAUCCUUGCAUUUUCACCCACUUAUAAAAUGAACUUUUGUUGAGAAUUUUCAAUGUACCAUCGACUAUACAGGGACCCAUCUGUGUACACAUGGUGCUUUGCUGCCAACUUCCUAAGAUUUCAAUUACUCAUGCCACUGUAUGAUAUGUUCUUUUGAUCUGUUUUUCUGUUUUUUUUAGUAUAUCUUGGCCUUAUUGACAUUAAAUUGAGAAGUAAAAUUGCA